AGCCUAACUAAGCCUAGAAGUAGUACAGUACUAGCGUUUAUACGACAGAGAAAGAGUUACUUGCUUGAAAAUGUCACAGCAAACACCAAAGGCAGCCUUUCAGAGAAGGUCAUUAAGGUCACCAAGGUCAACUGGAAGAACACCAAGAUCUGCAAAGAAAACACCAACAACCCCAGACAGCACAAGAUCAAGAAAAGGGUUGCGAUCCAGUCGGAAAAAGAUUUGUACUCCAGGAUCAAGUGGGAUACAGACACGUAUCGAUGCCAUGCUGCAGGAUCAGCAGGGUUCCAUUCGCAAGAGAAAUAUCAAACGAGAGAAAGUGGUGAAUGAAAUCUUUGAUUCGGAAAAAAAGUAUCAACAACAAUUAUGCGCAAUUAUACAGUGUUUUUAUAAUCCUGUGCGGAAGAAUGGAAUACUUCCAGAAGAUGCUAUCAGUACCAUCUUCAGUAACAUCACUGCCAUCAAGGCAGUGAACCAGGAGCUUCUUAUUCAUCUGGAGACAUAUAGUGUUGGCAAAGCGUUCCUUCUCCUUGCACCGUCCCUUCGGCUGUAUUCAACAUAUGCCAACAGUUUUGACAAAGCAUCAACAACACUUGAGGAAUGGACCCGUAGGAGCAAAGAGUUUGCUGAAUUCAAACUUCUUCAGGAAUCUAAGACAACAUGCCAUAGUUUGAAACUUCAUGCAUUACUGAUCACACCGAUCCAAAGAAUCCCACGAUAUAAACUUCUUCUUGAAGAACUCUUGGAGAAGACCAGCCAAAGUCAUGAAGACUAUGCACAGUUAAAAGAAGCAGCUAAGCGAGUGAGCGACGUUGCACACAGCAUCAACAAGCAGCUCAAGGAGCAUGAUAACUUUCAGAAGAUGCUUAGCAUUCAAAAUUGUAUGGUUGGCGAUGGUGCCCCCAGAAUUUUGUCUCCUGGGAGACGCUUCAUCAAGGAGGGUGCCCUCAAGAAGGUGUCCAAGAAAGGAAAUAAAUCUCAUGACAGAAUGUUCUUUCUGUUUUCGGACAUUAUGGUGUACGCUAAGCCAACCUUCCUCGAGAACACAGAUUCAGCAACUUCUUUUACUUGUCGUUGCAUCAUUAAUCUAUUGGAUUGCUCCGUGGAAUGCGUUCUCGGGGACCACAAGGUGCCUGGUGCAGGCGCCCUCUUCAAGCUUUCUUUCGGGAAUGACUGUUUGCUGUUGUUUCACGAGGAUCAAAAUAUUGCUUUGUCUUGGAUUGAGGCGAUUAAAGGCACCAUCUCUUUGCUCAAAAGGAAUUCAGCUUCGUUGAUGAAGACUGCAAGCACUGCUGCUCUUUCUCCAAUGAUCAAAAGAAGCCGCGUACGAACAAGUCUUCGUAUCCAUGGAAAACGCAAGAGACCUGAUGGAGAAAGUGAUCCUCCAACAUUUCAAGAUAGUUUGUAUCCAAUGAGGAAAUACCUACAAAGUUUAAAGUUCAAUUCAACUCGGGAAACGCCUUCCAAGAGAUGCAGAUUGGCUAAGAACCAAUGUGAACAAAAACAGUCGAAAAUGAACGAGACCAAAUUCACGGAGGCAGAUUCAAUUUACAAAACACCGAAGAAAACAUUUGAGGAAACAACCUUUUUCACUCCUUCUACGAGCAUGGUCAAUGACACAUCACGUGACCAAAUGUUUCACACUAGUAGGCAGAGUAAAACCCUGUCCUCGAGAAAGCCGAGACCGCGACAUCGUGCACCACGUAAUAUGCAAAGUACUGAGACAAAUAAUGACACAUUUUGCACAAUUCUGUAGAUGUCAUUUUUUUUAGAACAACUAUGAUCUGAACAGAAUUUGUAUUUUUGAUAACCUAUAUUGCACAAGAUUAUUACAAUGUCUUUGAAUUUUAAUCAUGAUAUUUACUACUACUGUAAUUUCUUUUGAGAAUAUCUAGGCACAUAAUCAACUAUAAAUACUAUGAAGUGUGUAUAUUACUACUAUGAAAAAAUAAUAUUAGAAUUAUGUCAAUAUUUCUUUCCUGAAAUUGUCUAAUACAUUCUUAUAUUUUUAGAUAUAUAUAUUUAAUAUCAUUUUGUUCUCUUUUUAUUAUAUAUAAACUACAAUACUGACAGUAUUGUGUAUUUCUAAUGUACUGUAUACAUGACGUAUGGCAAUUUUUUAAUAUUGUUAAAUUACAAAAUGUACAAAAAAAAAAAAAUGUUUUCGGCAGUACUUUAAAACAACUUGUACUGAAUUUUAGAAAUUGUAUUGUCAUUAUUAAGAUAUAUAAUACUUUUUGUACAUUUUUGAAGAUAAAUGAACAGUUUUUGUUUAGAGAUCUGUAUUAUUAUAAUGCAAUAUGUAGACUGCAGAAGUUGAGUAAAAUUCUGCUCUCACACAUUUUAUUUUGGCUCUCUGGUUAUUAGUUUUAUUGUUCUAAAAUAUUUAACCUUGGAGAAAAACGCCUAUAGGCCGCCUAUAGGUUCCUAUAGGCCGCCUAUAGGUUCCUAUAGGCCGCCUAUAGGUUCCUAUAGGCCGCCUAUACGAUCCUAUAGGCCGCCUAUAGGAUCCUAUAGGAGCCUAUAGGCCCCCUAUUGGAUCCUAUAGGACAUUUUUGUUAGGGUUGACAUGUAAGUUAUGAAAUUAUUCAAUUUUAUGCCAAAUCUGAAUGUGCAGGACAACCUUGUCUUACAAAUUAUUUCUAUCAGAAAAGAUGUCAUUACACUAUUCGGACCCAAAGCUGGUAACCUCUUAAAUUAUUGCAACUUUUCUUUAUUCCAACUAUAGAAUUUUGACAGUGCUUUUAAUGUUCAUUUUGUAUUUGAUAUUAAGUGAUGUUUGUGUGUAUAACUCUUUUUAAGUUUUCUAUGUAAAUACUGUAUUUAGUUUUGAAUUUUUCACACCAUUCAAUUAGAAGCACUUUUAUAUAGAAGAAUAAAAAAUAUAUAUUAAAUA